AUGUCUGAAAAUGAAAAACAGUUCUUCGGACCACUUACUCUCCACCAAAAGAACGAAAACCCGACAAUUUUUAAGAGUAAUGAAACUGAGGAGUGCGCCUGUAUUUUGUGUGAAGAAAAAUUCAUACUACCGGAAUCAGAGAAGCAAUUUUUAACACAUUUAUUUAUGAAACACAGGCUGGUGAUAGCUGAUGUGAACCAGAUAGCAGAUUUGACUGGAUAUUUAAGAUAUUGGAGGCUUAGAUUUAAAGAUAACAGCCUGCCUUUCUACUGCACAACAAUGUUAUUAGACAGUAAACCUGAUGGUACUAAGUCAAAAAAUGAAGAAUAUUUUCUGCUCAGUGAUGUUCUACCAGAAGAUAAAGAACUACGUUCAAAUCUUCAACAAACAAAAUUAGAAAAACUUUUAGAACGCCAGCAGUUUGAACGGGAAGACAAAAACUACAUCCGAGAAUGUUUAUUUUGCCGUCACAUGUCGACUACCUCCAGAGGUGAUUAUUUGAAACAUUUAUAUGAAAAACACAACUUUCACAUUGCGAAACCAGACAAUUUAAUAUUAAUUGAUGAUUUAAUAAACGCACUUGCAAUAAAAUUAGAAAAACUUCAAUGCAUAUUUUGUGAAGGAUAUUUCAAAGACCGUACCAUCUUAAAAGAACAUAUGAGAAAGAAAGGUCAUAAGAGAAUUAAUCCAGAUAAUAAGGAAUAUGAUAAGUUUUUUCUAGUUAAUUACAUAGGUGAUAAACAAACAGAUAAACCUAAGCCUAAGUUAAACUAUAAAAAUUAUACCAAAAAUCAUAAUCACAGUCAAGUGAAACCUAAACAGGAGGAUUAUGAAAAUGAUUGUAAUGUAGACAGUGAUCCAGAAUGGUCGGAAUGGACAGAAGCAAAUGGUCCUCUAAUAACUUGUCUUGUUUGUGACCAUACAGAAAUGGAAUAUGAAAAUGUUCUAGAUCAUAUGGAACGCCAGCAUGAAUUCUUCUUUACAAAAGCUACAGUAGGCUUAGAUUUUUAUCAUAAAAUUAAAAUUGUCAACUACAUAAGACGUCAAGUGCAUUUAAAACAGUGUUUUUCAUGUGAAGUAAAGUUUGACGAUUCAAAGAAUUUAGAAAAGCAUUUAAAAGAAAUGAAACACUGGGCUUUGCCAAAGGAGAAAUGGGAUCAACCAGAAUAUUAUUUCCCUACAUAUGAGGACGAUUUGUUUUUAUGUUUUAUUCAAGACGAUGAUGAAAGUUGGUGGUCUAGUGACGAACAAGAGGUUGAGAGUAAUACUAUGUCUGAUAAUAUCUCUAAAGAAAUGGCAUUAGCUGUACUUGAUGAUUAAGAGUGUAUUUCGAUAGAUAAUAUAAAUAUGAUAUUAUAAUAAUAAUAAUGCACACACUCAACAUAGUUCCGCUCUUUGUCGCGGGUGCCAUGAACACACACAUAGACA